AACUUCUUCGAUCCACUGUAGUCUUAAUAUGAUAGCUAAUACUUCAGUUGUAAAUACUGACACAUGAUUAGAUAUUCUUUUUGCAAUUUUUAUUUUGAAUGUCGGAAUGUAUACUGCUGCUGCUGUUCUUCCAGACUCUGGCUCCUUAGACCAAUCUGUAUAUACCUGUAGAACAGACCCUUACUACAGCAAUCAGUCCACCUAUAUACUGUUAUCCCCGCCUUCUCAAUUUACCCUCAGCAAAUCAAAGUUCAGCCAUCAUGGCUCCCUCUAUAAGAGAGCUGGGUUUGAGGCGGGCCUCCUCCUUAGCAAGGUUCCAAGAUGGCUUCUAAAAAGGAAACACCCACAAAGUUUUCUUCCUGUAUACAGAGUUCAACAAAAACAAUCGACAAUGAUCAUUCAGAGGAUAAGGAGCAUUUUAAAACUUUUGCUGUUCUUUCCAAUUGCAUGGUGCAUCAUGUUCUACACAGCUCCAUCUGUCCGAUUUUUGAUAGGACUCAUACCGAUGGACGAGUGUCCUUUGGAAAAUGUAAAGAUGCUGGCCCUGGGUAAUAGUGCCGACACAGACCUUAAUCUUUGGUCUCGAAGUGACGUGCAGACAUGCACAACCUGGAAUGCUCCCAUCAUCUGGGAGGGAAUGUUUAACCCCAGUCAUUACGAUCAGAUACACAGAAGCCGCGGGUCGUCUGUCGCCUUAACUGUAUUUGCAGUUGGCAGGUACCUGGAUGCCUACCUUGAGGCUUUCCUUAAGUCAUCAGAGCGUUAUUUCAUGCUGAGUUUGCCUGUGAUUUACUAUGUGUUUACGGACACACCUGAGAAAGUACCAAACAUCAAGCUCGCCCCUAAUCGGAAGAUGAAAGUAAUCAGAGUGGAAAAGCACACGCGGUGGCAGGACAUCUCCAUGUUGAGGAUGAAGUCCAUAUCAGACAUUAUAGAGUCGGACAUCCGGCACCACUCCACGCAUGUCUUCUGCUUUGAUGUCGAUCAGGUUUUCACAGGAAGAUUUGGCCCAGAAGCUUUGGGAGAUACUGUGGCUCUGCUUCAUGCCUUCUACUAUCACCUCCCAAAGAGGCUGUUCACCUAUGACCGCAACCCAAAAUCCAAGGCAUUCAUGAAAACUGGAGAUUUUUACUACCAUGCCGCUGUGUUUGGAGGCUCCUGGAAGAACGUCAAGGCCCUCACAGAGGCUUGCUAUAAAAGCAUCAUGGAGGAUAAGGAGAACAAUGUGGAGGCGUUGUGGCAUGAUGAGAGCCAUUUAAACAAGUACUUUUGGCUUCACAAGCCCAGCAGGAUUCUUUCUCCAGAGUACUGCUGGGACACCAACAUUGGUUACAGGGCUGACAUACGUGUGCAGCGGCUGUUGUGGGCACCCAAAAAUUAUGAUGAGCUGAGGACAUUAUAAAUUGAAGCAUUUGAGCUUUUUUAGCUUCUAAAUGGACAAAAUGUUACUUAAAAGCCUAACCUCACCUGCUGUGGAAUAAAGGGGACUCUUUGUUGAUAAUGAAAUCCCAUCAAACACUUAUUUCAUCUCAGGUGAACCUACUCUAUUAUUUGGAUUAAUGCAACAAAGAGUGAUCGAUUUCAAGUGUUAAUUUUCAGUUCAGCGAUUAUGCUUGUAGGCAUUGGUGGGUAAAUCUGUUUGAAGUAAAUAGCAACCCUGCAUAGUUUUCCUUCACCCACUUCACUUAACCAGGGGGUUUUCAACAUUGGUCCCUGCCGUUGCUGUGAGAGGCACAUGGUUUGAACCGAUCUAGAGUACAGGUUUCAUAAUUACUGAUCCUGGAGUACCCACCUCUGCUUGCGGCUAAUGAAAACCUAAAUGCGUUUCUCUGAAUUUCAAUAUUGACUAGAAAAAAUGACUUUUGAUGCACGAUCGUUAGCUUACUGGACUGAUUCAUCAGCAAAGCAUGUUAUUACCGUAAAUCACAUUUCUCUAGAAUGUUUUUUAUGUUUUAAAACCAUUCCCAGUUCUCACAUCUCCUGAAUGCAACAGUUGGGAACCUUGGAGAGUCCCUGGUUCCAUCCAAAAUGGGCGAAUCAGUAAGGACACUUAAGCCAAAGUACAAGUGUGUCAGCAUACACUAUGAUAAGUGCUGUCCAAAUAGUGCCGGCAGUAAGGAAGGAAGAGAAAGUAGAAUGCCAUCUAUUGAUAGUUAAUUUAGCAUAGGGACCUCCCAAUGUUCCCAACCGACAUAUAGGAUCUAUAGUCGGCAACAAACCUUUGCAUGACAGGACAUAUAGGCACAGCUCAUCUCAUAGAGUUAAACAAAAAAAUACUUUUUCAAUUUUAUGUGUACCCUGUGUACCCUAUGCUAAUGUACACCUCCAUACUGUACACUGCAAAAAAA